CUGGCUGGUGGAGGGAGGCCCCCAUUUUUCUUUAUAGGAUAGGAAAAACUUUCCUCCAGUCUUUGGUUCUUACGGUAAUUAAGGAAUAGAACUGUUUCUGAUUUCUAGUCCAUUCCCUUUCACUCAAGUCGUAUUAUUUUCUUGUUUGUCUGAAAAAACUUCUGAUUUCACAUCUGCCAACUACUCUCAUUUUCAUUAAAACUUCAGCUAAAAAACCUUUCUUUCACAAAGCUUUACUGUCUUAGACAGGCCUAGCUGAAAUUCCUUCCAUUCUUUCGUAUUAAUUAAAAGCACCUUUCCUGUAGGCGGUCCCACUGUAAAAAAUCAUAUUAUAAGAGUGGAUAAAAAGCAAUACGGUGAAAGCAGAAACAAAAGGGAGGGAAAAUGAAAGUGGGAGAAAUGGUUACUUGUUUUGGAAUCUGUAACUGUAAGCUCCUGGUGGGUGGAUACUCGUACAUUAAGUAACUAGUUUGGCUUUUAUUUUUAAGUUCACUUCUCAAAUCUUUAUUCACACUCCUUUCUUCUAAAAUUGACAGAAGUACAGAAGGGAACAUCACACAGUAAAACUAACCAGAAUGCGUCCAUCUGGCAUGCCUUUCAGGAAUCCAGCCCACUAAUAUUUGCUAUGGGUUUCAUGACUCAACCCUUCAAGAUGCCGCACAAGGAAGAAUUUCCUCAUUUUGCAGAACUGCCAAAUCUCAUUCACUGGAGCAAAGGCUCCUCAUUUGGGGCUCAUUUUUAGACAGUUGUUUAUCUGUUUAUAUAUUGUAAAAAUCUCCCUCAGCGGAUGGAGUUUGUCAUGCAUUUCUAAAUAGUGAGUAAACAUAUUCCUCCACCCCCUCCCGGCAGGACACACUUCAGCAUUUUGGCCACUGAGCCUAGUUGAAUUUCUCUCUCCUUCCUUCCUCCCCUCUUCCCACGCAGCCUAGUUUUAUUCUUGCUUCCUUGGUUUUAUUUCUUCCUCUCUUCCUCCCUUUUUCUUCCUUCCCUACCUUCAGCCACAUCUUUCAGCCUCGUUUGUUCUUUGGAGGCUUUUAUUCUCCCCUCUUCCUCUCUUCUUUCCUCCUUCCCCCUUCUUCCUUCCCUCGCUUCAGCUACUUCUCUUAGCCCCAUUUGUUCCUUCCAGUCUCCACUUUCUUCUCUUCCAUUGGUAAUCUGUCUAAUUUACUCCACUUGAAAAAAGAAAAAUCUUGAUUUAUAUUUGUAUCUUCUUCCCUUCAAAACUGUUAUCUAAGUUCCUCUUUAUUAUCUCCUCCCUCCUAUUUUAAAAUAACAAUUAAUAUUUAGCGAGUACUAAGUGCAGGAAGGAUGCCAAGCUCUCUCGCAGUCUCUCUUGAGGGAGGUACCUUUAUUAUUCUGUUUCAUGGAUGAAAAACAAAAGCACAGAAUUCAAGUAACUUGCGUAAGUCACGAAGCUAUAACCAGGAAUCUGGCUCUGCAAGCAAUGGGCUUUAAAAUUAUUUUAAAAGUUUUAUUAGAUUCAAAGACUAUGUAUAAAAUAUAUGCAAAUUAUGAAAGAAACGUUAUCUUUUGAUGGGGCACCAUGGGGGCAAGUUUCCAGUUUUGCCCAUUAAAAAAAAAAAAUCCUUCCCAAUUUUUGAGGCUUCUGCCAUUGAACACUGCUGCUCGCGGCUCCUGUUCCCACUUGGCUCCACAAACGCGUCUUUUAUUAUGACUCAGCCCAGCCCGUUCCUUGCCAAGCGGCUGACGCUCGCGCCGGAGGCGCCGGGGCCGCCGCUCGGGGGCGAGGGUUCGCGCCGCGGCUCGCGCCCGCUUCUCCCGCUUUACGGCUGCUGAAAACCCGGCCCGGCAGCCGUACCGCAGACGAGCCCGCGCCCGCGCCGCUCAGGUCUAUGAAAUCUGAUGGUGUAGGAAAUGCUCAUCCAGUAUCCGCAGUGCUGUUUAAAGAGAAAAGGCCCAGGUGAAGCCUGUUAACUAGAAGACUGAGUGAUAUGAGGGACUAGCUGCCUGGGAUGAGAAGCCGAGACUAAUCUCCCAGCUGGACGUUCAAAAUAGCUUUUGAUGUCUUAGGGCGUCUUUUAUUCAACCCUAGGAGGCCGAGGGAAGAAAAGGAUAAUUUAAAUGAAAUUUAGUUUCUAUAAAGAAAACGAUUAAAAACAAGGUAGAGAGACAUUUCCUCUCAGGAUUUUGAAGAUAAUAUUCUACUGUUUUCUGGCUUUCAUAGUCGUCAUUAAGAAGUCUGCAAGGAAAUGAGCUUUGACUAUUAGGCACCUGGAUGAAGAGCCCUGGGUUCAGAUUGUCAGUCUCCUGUAACCAGCAGAAGCCCUCCAGUUGCACUAGGAACAUUCAAUUGAAGUAAAAAGAUGGCCUAUCAGAAGGUCCAUGCAGAUCAAAGAGCUCCAGGACACUCACAGUACUUAGACAAUGAUGACCUUCAAGCCACUGCCCUUGACUUAGAGUGGGACAUGGAGAAGGAACUAGAGGAGUCUGGUUUUGACCAAUUCCAGCUAGACAGUGCUGAGAAUCAGAACCUAGGGCAUUCAGAGACUGUAGACCUCAAUCUUGAUUCCAUUCAACCAGCAACUUCACCCAAAGGAAGGUUCCAGAGACUUCAAGAAGAAUCUGACUACAUUACCCAUUAUACACGAUCUGCACCAAAGAGCAAUCGCUGCAACUUUUGCCACCUCUUAAAAAUACUUUGCACAGCCACCAUUUUAUUUAUUUUUGGGAUUUUGAUAGGUUAUUAUGUACAUACAAAUUGCCCUUCAGAUGCUCCAUCUUCAGGAACAGUUGAUCCUCAGUUAUAUCAAGAGAUUCUCAAGACAAUCCAGGCAGAAGAUAUUAAGAAGUCUUUCAGAAAUUUGGUACAACUAUAUAAAAAUGAAGAUGACACGGAAAUUUCAAAGAAGAUUAAGACUCAGUGGACCUCUUUGGGCCUAGAAGAUGUACAGUUUGUAAAUUACUCUGUGCUGCUUAAUCUGCCAGGCCCUUCUCCCAGCACCGUGACUCUGAGCAGCAGUGGGCAAUGCUUUCAUCCUAAUGGCCAGCCUUGCAGUGAAGAAGCCAGAAAAGACAGCAGCCAAGACCUGCUCUAUUCAUAUGCAGCCUAUUCUGCCAAAGGAACUCUCAAGGCUGAAGUCAUCGAUGUGAGUUAUGGAAUGGCAGAUGAUUUAAAAAGGAUUAGGAAAAUAAAAAAUGUAACAAAUCAGAUCGCCCUGCUGAAAUUAGGAAAAUUGCCACUGCUUUAUAAGCUUUCCUCAUUGGAAAAGGCUGGAUUUGGAGGUGUUCUUCUGUAUAUUGAUCCUUGUGAUUUGCCAAAGACUGUGAAUCCUAGCCAUGAUACCUUCAUGGUGUCACUGAAUCCAGGAGGAGACCCUUCUACGCCUGGUUACCCAAGUGUCGAUGGAAGUUUUAGACAAAGCCGAUCAAACCUCACCUCUCUGUUAGUGCAGCCCAUCUCUGCAUCCCUCGUUGCAAAACUGAUCUCUUCGCCAAAAGCUAGAACCAAAAAUGAUGCCUGUAGCCCUCUAGAGCUUCCAAAUAAUGAAGUAAGAGUCAUCAGCAUGCAAGUUCAGACAGUCACAAAAUUGAAAACAGUUACUAAUGUUGUUGGAUAUGUAAUGGGCUUGACAUCUCCAGACCGGUAUAUCAUAGUUGGCAGCCAUCAUCACACCGCACACAGUUAUAAUGGACAAGAAUGGGCCAGUAGUACCGCAAUAAUCACAGCGUUUAUCCGUGCCUUGAUGUCAAAAGUUAAGAGAGGGUGGAGACCAGACCGAACUAUCGUUUUCUGUUCUUGGGGAGGAACGGCUUUUGGCAAUAUUGGCUCAUAUGAAUGGGGAGAGGAUUUCAAGAAGGUUCUUCAGAAAAAUGUUGUGGCUUAUAUUAGCCUCCACAGUCCCAUAAGGGGGAACUCUAGUCUGUAUCCUGUAGCAUCACCGUCUCUUCAGCAACUGGUAGUAGAGAAAAAUAAUUUCAACUGUACCAGAAGAGCUCAGUGCCCAGAAACCAAUAUCAGUUCUAUACAGAUACAAGGUGAUGCUGAUUAUUUCAUCAACCAUCUUGGAGUUCCCAUCGUGCAGUUUGCUUAUGAGGACAUCAAAACAUUAGAGGGUCCAAGUUUUCUCUCCGAGGCCCUUUUUUCUACACGAGCAACAAAAAUUGAAGAAAUGGAUCCGUCUUUCAACCUUCAUGAAACCAUUACUAAGCUCUCAGGAGAAGUGAUUUUGCAAAUUGCCAACGAACCUGUUCUGCCCUUUAAUGCACUUGAUAUAGCUUUAGAAGUUCAAAACAACCUUAAAGGUGAUCAACCUAACAUUCAUCAACUGUUAGCCAUGGCGUCACACCUGCGGGAGAGUGCUGAACUUUUUCAGUCUGAUGAGAUGCGACCUGCUAAUGAUCCCAAGGAGAGAGCACCCAUCCGCAUCCGGAUGCUGAAUGACAUUCUCCAAGACAUGGAGAAAAGCUUUCUGGUAAAGCAGGUGCCACCAGGUUUUUAUAGAAACAUCCUAUACCACCUUGAUGAAAAGACAAGCCGGUUUUCAAUACUUAUAGAGGCUUGGGAACACUGCAAACCCCUUGCAUCAAAUGAGACCCUUCAAGAAGCCGUGUCAGAGGUGUUGAACAGCAUUAAUUCAGCUCAGGUUUACUUCAAAGCAGGACUUGAUGUGUUCAAGAGUGUCUUGGAUGGGAAGAAUUGAGAAAACCCUGAGCAUUUUUAAAAGUUUGUUUACAAUUCCACAAGCAAAAGCUCUAAUUUAACCAGAUUUUCUGACAUUGAAGGCUUAUUUUCCCCAAUGGCUUUUUGACAAGUAUAAAGCUAUUAUUACCUUGUAUUUUUUAAAUGUAAAUAUAAAAAGAACAUUUUGCACAUUUAAUAUUUUUCUUAUAUCUACAUUUCUGAAUAUGUAAAGCAAGUUAUUGACAUAGGACUUAAGAAUUACUUAUUAAAAAGAAAUCUGAUAUAUAUAUACUAUUUUGAGGAAAAAGUUCCAAGAAGUUCUGGGCUAUCUUUGUUCCUAUGGGCAGAGCAUAUAGGAACACAUUUUAUUCUCUCUGAUAGAGCUAUUAAUGACUUAGUUUCUAUAAAAGAAAUGGAGAGUUGAUAUGGUUCAGAUUAACUUCACUAUUAAGUGUUCAAUAUGAAGAAUUCAAGUAUUCUGACUGAGUGAUUGGUUGACCUAAACCACUUUGAAUGUUUCUAUUUUAUGAAAUGAAGUUUCUCUUCUUAACACAACUAGAUGUAGUAAUACACUGGUUAUGAAAUUGUAUUUUUUUAAGUAUUCAUGAAAAAAGAGCCAUAAGCAUUCCAGGGAAAAAUCUCAAGGGAGCUACACAGAGCAAUUUAAAUGCAAAUUUUUUUUCCUAAAAACUUACAAGGUGACUAGCUUUGAAACCCCUAAUUUGCCUCAGUUGAUUUUCUAAGAAUUUCAGGAGCGAUGUAUGUCUUAAGAGGGAGAAAAAAAUAUUUCUUAUUACUUUUUCUCUUGUUUCUGUUGGAAACACUGAAACAGGGACUACUCUAAAAUGAAAGCGUCUCACAUUGGUUUUCUUUCUUGUAUCUUUUCUGAAACUCCUUGCUGUAAGGCAGCUUUCACAGAGUACUAUAUAUUUUCAACAGUAAAGUAGCAGAGUUUCUCUUUGAAACCCAAAAUGUCUUCUAAAGCAUCAAAUUUAUUUCUGCCUCUGACAAAAAGAACUUACUAUGAAAGAAAUAGUUGUUUUAUCAAUAAAAGCCCCUUAAUAUUAUGAAGAAA